CCCUACGGGGUUUUUGAUUUUUCUGAGACAUGCCUCGUGGAGCAAGGAAAAACGGGCCAGAGACCAAGAUGGCGGACGAAUUAACUGCCUGCGAGGAGGAAAUGGAGGAUGGAGCUUGCAAAAUGGCCGUAGACACUGAGGGUGAAGAUGUCCGGGAACCAACGCUGACAGAUUUGGCUGGAAUAUUGCAGGCUUUUAUGGCGCAACAGGAAUCCCGGGAGGUAAAAUUAAAACAUGAAUUUACACGCCAGGACAAAUGUUUUAAAGCCUUGCAACACCAGUUUCAGCUUUUACAAAUGGAAGUGCAAGCACGCACAUCUUCCUCCCCCGGGCCUAGCUCAGGCAAUCCAGGCCUACAGGAGGACAAUGAGGAGGAUAACCACCAGCAGUCCCAGGCCUCAUCUCUACAGGAGGACCUCAGGGCCAAGACAGGUCAGUUACCAAUCCCUCAUGAACCAAAACUGCAAAAAUUAACCAGUGAUGAUGAUAUUGAGCACUUCCUGGUUACUUUUGAGAGAAUUGCAGCUGCUUGUAGAUGGCCACAAAGAGAUUGGGUCUUCCGCCUCAUACCUCUACUCACCGGUAAGGCAAGAAGUGCCUAUGUUAACAUGGAUGUGGAUGAGUCUCUGGAUUAUGAUGAGGUGAAAGAAGCCAUAUUAAAAAAAUAUGACAUUAACCCAGAGACUUACAGACAAAGGUUCCGGUCCCUACAUGUGCAGCCUGAUGAGAGCCCCAAAGAACUCUACGUGAGGUUGAAAGAGUUGUAUGGGAAAUGGAUUCAGCCAAAAGGUAAAACUGUACAGGAAAUUGGUGAACUGAUAAUUUUGGAACAAUUCCUAAGAAUGCUGUCCCCUGAGCUUCAGGUGUGGAUUAAAGAACACAAUCCUGCCUCUGCAGCUGAAGCUUCCUCACUUGCUGAUGUGUUUGUGGCUGCCAGGCGGAAGGGUCAGCCAUGGAAUAAUACUGCUAUGAAGGAGAAAGAUGCCCGCAGGCCGCCACCACCCCAAUACCACCAGAGGGCGGCAAGUGUUUAUAAGUUGCUCGGCAUCAGGAGUAUGAGGACUACACCAUACCACCCCCAGACGGAUGGGCUUACAGAGCGCUUCAAUCAGACACUCAAACAAAUGCUCCGUAAGUUUGUGGAUGACACUGGGUCUGAUUGGGAUCAGUGGCUGCCUUAUCUGCUUUUUGCUUACAGGGAGGUACCUCAAGCUUCCACUGGGUUCUCUCCUUUUGAGCUUCUCUAUGGUCAUGAGAUGAGAGAGAAGCUACAAAAAAUGAGUGAAUUGGCUCAGAAAUACAUGAAAGAGGCACAGCAGUCACAGAAAGCGUGGUAUGAUCGUUCGGCCAGAGAGAGGAACUUUGAACCAGGCCAACAGGAGUGGGUCCCACGCACGGAGAAAGGGGCGGAAGUGCUGCUCGUCCGGGGUGUGGGGGAGGAGGAAGAGGUGGACCAAUAUCUACCAUCGCUGUCUGCUGCUAACCUGGAUUUGAGCCAUCUCACUGCCGAACAACAGUCUGAGGAUACCUGA